AUGAUGGCUACACACAGCGCGAGUGCGUCGUCAUUCUCUCAAUCGCUACCUCCUCGGAUAGAACCACAAUAUGUUAGAAUUGUUGGCGAUUCUGUGGGUGUCGUUAAUCUCACACCGGCCGCUCUACAAUGCCUUGCUGAUAAACUGACGCAAGUAUUGUCUCGUUGCUCACUCCUUGCCCAUAAAUUUACCGUACAUGGUCGACGAAGGACUAUGAAGGUGGAAGAUGUACAACAUGCCCUUCGAGAACUGAACAUUCCGAUGCCUAUAGGAGCUCUGACACGUUCGCAACCUUCUAUAAGGCAGCUUCGUAUGCCUGGAGGGGAGCAGCUCUAUGUACGGGAUGAUAUGGACGUUGAUGUUCAAUCCAUUGCGCAACCUCCACAAGCGAAAAUCCCAGUGAAGAGACAUAUUAGAGUUCAUUGGAUACGGGUCGAUAAUGAGGAAGAACCACCUCAGGAGAAAAAGGCGAAGAAAGCCAGUCAGGGAACCGGGAUGUCUUCUACUGAUCUGCCAGCUGCUUUAAGGAAAAGAGUCACUCUCCCCGCUGAACUUGCGGCACCAUCUGUUUCGUUCCGCAUAGCUGCUCAAGGAAUACCCAAAAAAGAGCAAAUAUUGGUCAAACCUUCGUUCCUGGAGCCGUUGUACGAACAGCAAAUUUACCUGAAGGAAAUUGUGGAGGCAUGUGUAGGUCAAGAUGAUCGGAAACGACAACAAGCCUUGCAAUCGCUAGAAAGGGAUACCGGCAUUCAAGAGCUAUUACCGCGGCUAUCGCGAUUGAUACACACCUCUGUGCGUUGCAAUAUAGUCCACCGUUGUCUUUCAAUGUUAAUUUAUGUUGUACGAAUGAUGAGAUCGAUUGCUGUAAAUAAAUCUGUGAAACUUGAUGGAGUGCUUCAUGAGUUCUUACCGUCUCUGAUGAGCUGCAUGUUGGGCAGAGUUUUGUGCACUCGACCUGAUUCUGACAAUCAUUGGGCACUGCGUGAUUUUGCUGGCAAGACUUUAAUCACUAUAAUAAAAGAUCAUGGAACUAAAGAGACUAGACGACGAUCGUUUCGUGCCGUCAAGCGGAUAUUCGACGAACCGUCGUCCAGUUACUCGAUGAUUUAUGGAACUAUUACAACUCUUCUAGAGUUCGCAUCACCGGUAGAGCUUAUCCGUUUGCAUCCUCGAAUUAUGGUAUUGCUUGAACGAACUCGUACUGCGGCGGCAACUAGUGCUGAUCAGCAGGAACGAAUCGAAGCUCACAAACUUCAUGCCGCUCUCACGAAGCAUGAGCCAGCGUUGCGUCGAUUGAUCAAGCAAGCGGCACAGGCGUCAAGAAAGGACCAUUCAAAGGGUUAUGUCUGA